UGCUUUUUCCUUUUUCUCUUAUCCUUAUCCAUUCCGCUCGUAGCCUUUGUUUCAAGAUCAGAUAUUUUUGUUAGCAAUGGGAGUAAUGUCUCACAGAUCAGCACUCAAUCCCAACGCGCCGCUGUUCGUGCCACUUGCUUACCGGACAGUGGAGGACUUCUCCGAUCAGUGGUGGUCUCUUGUUCACUCCUCUCCUUGGUUUCGUGACUACUGGCUUCAAGAACGCUUUCAAGAUCCUCAGUCUGAUGCUCUCAUGAACGAUCCUUAUGAUCUCGCUCUUCCUGAUGACCUCGAUUCUUUCUUCUUGGAUGACUUAAUCGGAGAUACUCGCGUCAACCCAGAGGAUGAGGAGGAGAAGGGAAAGGAACUGGUUUCAAUUAGAGGAAUGAAAUGGCAAAAGGGUAGAGUUCAGGCACCAAAGUAUGUGGAGAAGGUACCUAAAAUUGUGAAUGUGAAAGUGAGUCCAAGGAUGAUUCAGCAGCCUAGGUAGAGUAUGUGAAUCAAUGAGAUUGAAGAUGGAUGACUCGGUUGGAAUGUUGCUCUUGCUUUUUAAUUCUUGUACAUAUUGAGCCUCUUGCUUUUCUGGGUUUAAUGCUAUCAUGUGUAGCAUCUUGUAAGCUUUUACUUGUAUUUCAUAAUAAAGGAAAUUGACCCAAAAAAAAUUGAAAAUUUAGGAAUUCA